AGUCUUUUCUAUUUUUAUUCGUUAAUGAAGUCUUGUGAUGUUAUUUUCGGAAAAAAGUUUAUUGAUGGCAAGUAAAGUAACAGACGGCUAGCAUCUGUACCUUGUUUUGACACGGAGUGAUGUGUUAAGAUUAUGUCCUUCAUAUAUAGUUGAAGGGCAUAAGAACUCUUUCGUUUCCAAUUAACGCUGUGCUGGAAAUACAUGUUUUGUUACGUAAAGAAAUGAUUGCUUUGCCGAGUUUGCAGUCGAAACUCCUUCACAGAAUGGUGAUAUGCCGCUCGUGUAGUGUACGCAUUGAAACAAGGCCACAAGUUUGCUGAAGCGGCAAAAAUGCAGCGACUUUCCUAUGCCGGAAGAUACCCCGAGCAGCAGAGUUUGAAGACUCCGCCGGCUUCCUUACUUCUGGUGUCAGUGUUGGGGUCGUUUGUUCUAGCAGCAGGCUCAGUAAUUCUUCUGGCACCAGAAGACCGCAUUUCAGUUGCCCGUGGGGCCUGGCUUUCGGGGCUUGGGCUUAUCUUCUUCGUUUCGCUGUUUGAUCUCCUUAAUCAUGUGGCAUUGCAGACGAAUGUGGGACAUGUGUUCCGAAAAAAGUACGAACUAACAUUGUAUGAAGUCCUCGAUAUUUCCAACAAAACUGUGUCAGCAGUUCAGGCAGUAUUAUCGUGUAUCACGGGAUCCAUUGUAUGUAUGUGGUCAUGCACACGUGACUUCCUGCGAUCUUCACAUUUCAUGUCAGAAGCGUAUGCAUGGUUUGGUGCUUCAUACUUCUUCUAUGAUAUAUGGUCAAUGUACAAAGUCCAUACAUCUGGCAAAAGUGAUGUGGAGCGACAACAACACAGUGGUCACUGCCUUGCACAAUGGAGCGAUUACAUUUGCAAACAGCCAAUGAUAGUACUGCAUCAUUUGUUUAUUGGCUCAUUUGGAUUCCUCGUCAUUGUUCAUCUGAGAGGUGACUUAGGGGACUGUAUAUUUGGGGUUGUGUACCUUAUGGAACUCAGUACACCUUUUGUCUCUUUUAGAGGCAUCCUCAGUAAGUUAAAGAUGAAAUCAUCACAGCUUUAUGUGGUCAAUGGUCUAGUCAUGCUAGUCACGUUUUUUCUCUGCCGUGUAAUUACGCUCCCAUAUGUCUGCUAUAAGUACAGUGACUAUGUAGGAUUGUCAUUUUGGGAGGCUUUCAUAUCGCUGCCUACUGGUUGUAAAAUUAGCAUAGCCAUAUUGAUGUUUCCUCAGAUAUAUUGGUUUAUUCUGAUGGUAAAGGGUGCAUUUUCAGUUUUUUUUCCAGUGAAGUAAAACAGUAUUGCCAGUUAAAAAAUAUAACUAUUGCGCAGUAAAUACCCAUUAAUUUAGUUGUGAAUGUUUUACCUUAUGCCAGUGGGAAGAGAGCAUUAAGAAUUUUCUGUCCUUGUAAUACAGUUGUACAUAGCUAUUCCUGCCUGUGGUAUUUAAAGAUCUGACAUUCUCUUUCCUUCAUAACACGCAGGAUAAAGCUAAACUGAAAUUUCAUGUGUGUGAUAGAUUGGUUUGUGGGGAUUAGAAAUGCUGUGUUACGAUUUUCAGAUACAGAUUAAAUGUUGUGUGCUGUUUUUUUAUGAAAUGCAUAAAGUAUUGGCGACAAUAGUUCCUAUAUGUGCGUAGAUAUGUGUAUAUGUGUCUAUAUGCAUGGCUGUCAUGCUGCCAAAAAAUGUGCAUUUAAUAUGAUUGUAGUUCAGUAUUGACAACAAAACAUUACCAGAGUCAAACGCCUCAACCAGAUUCGCACACACCUGCAGAAAACCUAAACAUUUUAUGGAGAAGAAAUAAUUAACUAAUAAAUGUGUGUAGAGAGAGGGUGGUAACAGCUGUUAUAAAAAUGAUCAACAACAUUCCACAGCUCCUUGUUAAUUUCUGUGUUAUGCUGUGGAACAUGGCUGCUGUAAUCAUUUCAACGCUCUUAUUUCCACAUAGCUACAAGAAAUAAUUUUUUAAUAUUGACAACUUCUGAGAUUAAUGUGUUUAGCAUUUAUUAUUACAUGGGAGAUGCUUAGUAUUGCUCUGUCAGUUUUAUUGUUACUGCAACAAGCAAUAAACUGGAGAACAUCUGUCCUUAUAGGUGUGUGGCACUACCUGUUAGGAACACAAGAUUGACGUAGCUUUCUCUCUGCAUUGUAGAGGGUUUUGUUUUGGCUUCGAAUUUAUGAUAAUUGGCUUAAAAGAAUGAAAAUUAAUCCAGUAUAUUAUAUUGCUGUUUCAUUAAAAGACUGAAUAAAAUGUUACAGAAUUUUCCACACUCUCUGGAGAGAAAAACACCUAUACUUUCACUAUGCAGAUUUAACAAUAUUAUUUGAUAAAAUUUUUAGGUGAAUGUAUGAAAUAAGAUUCAUCAUUCAAAUAACACAUUAGAAGACUGAAGAUGGGAACUUGAAAUUCACAAGCCUGUGGACAGAGGUAGUUACGAAGCAGUUGCCACAAAAAGUGCAGACAGAGAAAAAGAAACUGAUAUUUGAAGAAAAACUAUUUACUUCCUGGACUAAUAUAAUGGAAAGAAAUAGUAGAAUGAGUAGUCACUUCGUACUUAACUCUCACUUUGUUAGUGGGAGAGAUACCCCUAUCAUUGCUUAAAGAUUUUCGUUAAUAUACUCAGUCUUGUGAAAUUGACAUCAGGUCUUUUGUCGAAGUUCACUCCCAGGGUUAUAAUAUGUCAUUCAGUAAAUAGAAAGUUCCUGUCAUAGGGAUGUAUACUCUCCUCCUUUGCUUGUUUAUGUACUCAGAUAUUGUUCUAUUUGUCAUAAACUGAUAUUUUCUCUUUUCCUUUCCCAUCUCAAUUUAGAAAAUAAGGCAAACUUCCUUGUAUGUUAUCUUUAAUUUGAUACAUCAAAAUCACUUAUUGUUCUGUUUAUAAUUAUCAAAAAAGUGUGAAUUUGUAAGUUGUGCAUUUUAUAUUUGUCAAAUUAUCAAAUUCGAAUUUGAUGCCACAGUGCAGUAUUAAUGUGUUGAGAAGUGAAAAUCAACUUAUUACACGUCCAGGAAAUGUUAGAUUCUUAUGAGCAAAACCAAAAAUUAUGUUGGUCAUUUAAUUACUCUGGUUUGUGCUAAAGAGCUUGCUUUUUUACUGUUAAAGUAUCCCCAUUAAUAUUUUUUGUAGCUUUUCAUCUCGUGGGGCAGUUUAAUGAUUCUGAAAACAUUUUGAUGUUGCAUCCUAAAUAAAAGUUUGCCAACACUAAUUUCUGUUUGUACAAGAGUUGCCCAGAAAGUAAUGCACCAAAUUUUUUGUUCAACAAUUCUUUACUGAACAUAAUGAGAAUUACACAUACAAAAGAAUGGUGUUUUAUCUACACACCCUAUUUUCCGCAUAAUCUUCAUCCCGUUCUACAGCCUUCGUCCAGCACGAAACGAGGGUGUGUAUGCCUUGUCGGUACCAAUCCUUGUCCUGGUGGCAGAGCCCAUGCUUCACUGUGUGAAUUGCAUCCACACUUCCUUUGCUGAUUGACAGAUGCAGCGCCAACUGCCGACUCAUAAUGCGUCUGUCCUCG